UAUUGUUGGUCUUACCAAUUCUCUCUGGCUUUGUCUCCAUUUCAUAAUUGCUUUGUUCAGUGUUUACAGCAGAAGCAGCAGAUUUCCAAUGGCGUUGAGCACCCAAAGAGCCUCUGCUUUUUAUCCUUCAGCAGAUCAGUCGGCUCCUCCUCAAUGGAACUAUGAUGUGUUUUUGAGUUUCAGGGGGGUAGACACUCGAAAUAGCUUUUUAUCCCAUUUAUACCACGAAUUGCAGCACAGGGGAAUUAAAACAUUCAAGGAUGAUCCAAAGCUUGAAAGAGGGACAACUAUUUCUUCUGAUCUCUUCAACGCAAUCCAAGAAUCAAGGCUUGCAAUCGUUGUUCUCUCGCCAAACUAUGCUUCUUCUUCCUGGUGCUUGGAUGAACUUACAAAGAUUCUCCAAUGCAUGAAAUCCAACGGCACAGUUCUGCCUGUGUUUUUUAAUGUGGAUCCCACCGAUGUGCGAAAACAAAGCGGCAGUUUUGCAGGUGCGUUCGCUGAGCAUGAGAAAAGGUUUAGGGAAGACGUAGAAAAGGUGAAGUGCUGGAGAGCUGCUUUAACUGAAGUUGCCUAUUUAUCUGGGUUGGAUUCAAAGAAUGAGUGUGAAAGAAAGCUCAUUGAAAAGAUUGCAGAAUGGGUGUGGGGGAAAGUGCAUCGCACAUUCAAGUUGUUAGAUUCAACAGAGUUAGUGGGAAUUAAGUUUACACGUGAGCAAAUGGAUUUGCUUGUAGCUCAUACAGAUGAUGUUCGCUUUGUAGGGAUAUGGGGGAUGGGAGGCAUUGGCAAGACAACCAUUGCUAAGUUUGUUUAUGAAAGCAUUUCUUUUCAUUUUGAAGUUCCCUGCUUUCUUGCUAAUGUUAGAGAGGCUUCUGAAGUUAAUCAUCUUGUUGAUCUACAAAGACAGCUUCUUUUCCCUAUCUUGAAGGAACAAAUUGCUCAAGUUUUGAAUGAAGACUGGGGGACCCAUUUCAUUAAGAAUUGCUUAUGUAAUAAAAAGGUUCUUCUCAUUCUUGAUGAUGUGAAUGCAUCAAGCCAACUAGAGAAAUUUGCUAAGGAAAAGGAUUGGUUUGGUAAGGGGAGUAUAAUCAUCAUUACAACUAGAGAUGAACGGUUGGUUAAAAAGCAUGAUAUGGAGAUAGCAUAUAAGGUAGAGGGAUUAGGUGAUGAUGAGGCUCUUCAGCUCUUUAGUCUGAAGGCCUUUAAAAAAUUUGAGCCCGAGGAAGGUUUUUGGGAAUUGUCCAAGUGCUUUGUAAAUUAUGCUAGAGGCCUUCCAUUAGCUCUUAAAAUUUUGGGAUGCUCUUUGUAUAAGAGAGAUCGAGAUGAAUGGAAAAAUGAAUUGGAUAAGCUAUGGAAAAUUCCUGAGACAGUAAUUUUCGAUUUGCUCAAAAUCAGUUUUGAUAGACUAGAUGAGAUGAGCAAGAAUAUAUUUCUCGAUGUUGCAUUUUUCCUUAAGGGGAAGGACAAGAAGAAAGUAAUUGAAAUACUAGACAGUUGUGACCGUUGUGGUGGGAUAAAUGCUCUCGUUGAGAAGUCGCUCUUAACUAUUGAUAAUUCAAACAACUUUAACAUUGUUGGGAUGCAUGAUUUGAUACAAGAAAUGGCAUUUGAAAUUGUUCGUCAAGAGUCUCCUGAAGAGCCCGGUGGACGUAGUCGAUUGUGUCAUCGUAAUGACAUCAUUCAUGUAUUGAUAAACAAUACGGCAACUAACAAAAUUCAAGGCAUCGCCUUAAGCAUGGUGAAACUUGAAAAGGCGGAUUGGAAUUGUGAAGCAUUCUCUAAGAUGAUUAACCUGAAAUUUCUUGAAGUUGACAAUGUGAUCAAUACUUCAAGCCCCAUAAUUCUUCCUAAUUCCUUAAGAACUAUGAUAUGGAAUUAUUUUCCUUCGAAAUUUCUCCCAUCAGAUUUUCAACCGAAUAAACUUGUUUCACUUGAGAUGCAGGACAGCGAACUAGUUGGGCUGUGGGAUGGAAGAAUUGACUUGCCUAAUUUGAAAUACAUGGACCUUAGUUGGUCUCCAAACUUGGCAGCAACCCCAAAUUUCACUGGCAUUCCAAAACUCCAGGUGUUGAAUCUUGAAGGGUGUGAGAAUUUAGUUGAGAUUCACCCGUCGGUUGCAUAUCUCAAAUGGCUUACAGAAUUAAGACUAGAUGGAUGCAAAAGUGUUAAGAGUCUUCCAAGUGAGGUAGAAAUGGAUUCUCUUGUGUGUUUCGUACUUGACGGUUGCUCAAAACUGAAAAAGAUUCCAGAAUUUUCAGGACAAAUGGAAAAUUUGUCAUCUCUUUUUUUAAAAGGGACGUCCAUUGAGAAAUUACCUUCAUCAAUUGGACGUCUUGUUGGCCUUACUCAUCUAAAUGUAAGUAAUUGUGAAAAUCUCGUGGGUCUUCCGAGCGAAAUUUGUAAUUUGAAGUCUCUUGAAUGGCUCUCUGCAAGUGGAAACUCAUUUAGUGACAAAUCAAGGUUUUGGUGGGGCCUCCAAAGAAAGGCUUUUGUGUUGAGUUCAGUACUUGGUUUAUGGUCUUUGAGGCUUUUGGAUCUGAGUGAUUGUGGUCUUUGUGAAGGGGAUAUUCCCGUUGAUAUUGGCUGCUUGUCCUCUUUAGAAAAAUUAGACCUUAGUCGAAACAAUUUUGUUAGCCUUCCUGCAAGCAUUGGAUGUCUUCCUAAGCUUGUGUCAUUUUCGGUACACGGGUGCCAAAGGCUUCAACAAUUGCCCUAUUUCCGCUUUGGAUUGGUUGAUAAUGAACGCUUCUCCGGUGUUUUCAUGAACACAGACGAUUGCACUUCCUUAACAACGUUGCCAAAGUUGAGCAUAAAAAAAGAAAGAAAUUUUGUUUCGUUGAGUUGUUUGAAUUGCUCUGGAUUGGUUGAGAAUGAUGGCUGCGAUGAUAGUAUAAUACUUGGAAUAAUGCUCUGGACUUCUCUGGAUUGGGGAUUCCUUCAGGGACAUCGUUGGCAUAUUCCCGCUUUUCAAAUUGUAACACCUGGAAGUAGAAUUCCAGAGUGGUUCAAUAAUCAAAGUGUAGGAGAUUCCUUAAUUGUGGAGCUACCUCCAUGUACCACGUGGAUUUGGAUUGCUUUUUGCGCUGUCUUUGAAGAAGGUGCCCCUGUGGAUCACCCAAAUCCACCUCAUGACCUUUCUCCCCAUUUUCAAAUUGAAUGUCGCCCGGAAGAAGGUGCCCCUGUGCGGAGUAAAUUCAUUCAUAGAGGCCAUCUUGUGUCACCUCACCUUUGGUUUUUAUCAAAUCUUUCAACAAUGGCGAACAAUGGGGAUGCAUAG